CUGUUAGUAAAUAUGUCAGGAGUAAACAUUUAGUUAAUUGUUCUUACUAUUGUUUAAUAAUCUAAUAACCUAGUAAAAAUCUUGAAUUGUUUUUCAGUAACACAUUUCUAUAAAUCAGGAAUCAUACUUAAAAUCUGAAAUGGGUAAAAAACAUCAGAACAAACUUAGUUCUAAGGUUUCAGUACAUAACCCAGUUAAGGAAAUUCAAGGACAGGAUAAAAAGAAAAUUAAUUUUAAACUUUCCCCUCAAAAAAGGAAUGAAGUUAAUCAGUUAGUAGACAAACUCCUGAAAGUGUCAACUACAGUUCAACCAACCACAGCAACAAACAUUGCCAAAGAUUUGGAAGUUCAUUUAGAAAUUGAAAAGAUUUUAAAUAAAAUCAAUACAAUAGAAAGUGAGCUGAAACUCCCUCUACCUAAUCGCACAGUCGAGAACCAGGAAGGUCUUUUGACUUGGUUGGAAAACCACGAUGCUGAAGUUCAAGGUGUUGGCAUCACUGAGUUUCCUGGCCACGGUCUCGGGUUGGUCGCACUGCGAGAUGUAUCAGAGGGGGAAGUUAUUGUUGCUGUACCUCGGAAACUGAUGAUAACUGCAGAGUCUGUACAAGCCUCGAAACUAGGAUAUUUACUCGCAAAUGAAACAAUGCUAAAGCACAUGCCUAAUGUCGCUCUUGCAUUAUUUCUUCUCUUGGAAAGAUUCAGCAGUGAAGGCCCUUCGUUCUGGGCCCCAUACUUGAACAUGUUACCGUCCGCUUACACUACGGUCCUGUACUUCACUGCUCAAGAACUUCAGGAGCUCAAGGGGUCCCCUACACUAGAGGGUGCUUUAAAACAGUGUAGAAACAUUGCCCGGCAAUAUGCAUACUUCUACAGACUGUUUCAGAACAUGUCAGACCCUGCCAGUGAAAUAUUGAGGGAGGUUUUCACCUACGAGCAGUAUCGAUGGGCUGUAUCUACUGUCAUGACCAGACAGAACUUCAUCCCUUCAGCUGAUGGUUCAUCCAUGGUCAACGCUCUCAUCCCACUGUGGGACAUGGCCAACCACUCCAAUGGAAAGAUCUCCACAGACUACAGCUUAGGAUCUGAUCGCAGUGAGUGCCUAGCCUGGAGAGACUUCAAUGCAGGAGAGCAGGUGUUUAUCUUCUACGGAGCUCGUAGCAAUGCAGACCUUCUCGUCCACAAUGGCUUUGUGUAUCCAGACAACAUCCACGACAGUUUCCGUAUUAGACUGGGAGUUGCUAAGUCUGACCCCUUGUCAGCCCAGAGAGCCAAGGUGCUAGGUAGGCUAGGACUGCCCACAGCUGCUGACUUUGUACUACUCCGGGGAGCUCAGCCAGUGGAAGGUCAACUGCUGGCUUUCCUCAGAGUCUUCAGCAUGAACCAGGAACACUUGGACCAGUGGGUGGACAGUGAGAGAGUGUUGGAUCUGACCUACCCGGACUGUGCAUUGGAUACCCAGGUAGAAGCUAAGGCUUGGAACUUCCUAUUGGCUAGGAUCAAACUGCUGCAGAGUCUCUACCCAACUACACUUGAGGAUGAUUUGAAGAUACUGGAAGAGAAAAUGACAGAAUGUCGAAAGCUCUCAAUUCAACUACGAAUCGCUGAAAAGAAAAUGUUACAAUCCGCAAUGGAGUAUAUACAACAAAGAGACAAGCCUUAAGUCAUUGCUCAGAAUUUAGACAUCUUUGAAUGCAUUUUUAAGCUUUGAAAAUUUUUUUAUUUUACAAUCUGUUAUCGUGUAAAGUUUUCUUAUCUGGAUGAAAACCACAAACACUAAGUCUUUGCUUUAUCUACUUCAACUAGUUUAAUAUUUCCCUUUGUUGAAUUUUAAUCAGUUUGAAGAUGGUUCUGUACUGUAGCUAACUUAGAUGAGACAAGGAAAUCAAUAAUUAUUUCAAUUGAAAUUUUGUUAAUUACAUAGGCCUACUUAUUUCGUGAUUUUAUUCAUCAAUAAAAAGCUGAUCAUAAGUAUCAACUAAAUAACAAUAUUCUUUAGAACUAAUUUGUAGUCCUAUAUCAACUGAUUUAAAAAAUUACAUUUUGUAAAUUCAAUUUUUAGUAUUUAUCAACUUAAAGAUAUUUUUGUUAGUCUUUUAAAACUUACAGAUCAAACUGAAUUCUAGUCUAGUCUGUACCACCUAUUAUAUAUAUAGCUCAUUUUAUACAAAGAAUAUUCUGUUCUUUUAAUUUUGAAAAAAAUUAUUUUAUUAUUUUCUGGCAACAUUU